CGACGUUUCGUUCGCUUCCGAUAGGCAUUUGUCUGUCACAUGACGUCCAUGUUAUGACGUAACUCGGAGUAUGCGCCGCAGUUUUUUGGCGCAGAAAUCAAUGCAUUGUUACGUCCAUGACAUGCGUAGAAAAGGUGCCAUCGUAUAUUCCAACAAAUACGUACGCUCGUUGUAAAUAUUGUCUCUGAAGAGAAUCACACAGUGAGGCGAUAUAUUUCCACAUGUUGAUGCAUUUUCCAAUAUUUCUGGAGGUUUUGCAGGUGUAGUUGUAAUGUGCGGGUUCUGUCAGUUUGAAAAUAAAGUCACUACGAAGUGUCAUUACCGAAGUGAAGAAAGGAGGAUAAACAGUAUGAACAAGAAACAUGUAGAUUAAAAUAAAAACACUAUUUAAAUUUUUUCCAUUGUUUCAUAAAUAUCGUUGUCGAAAUUAAUCCAUGAUGGAUGAAAAUUUAAGCAGAGGGUAUAUUCAACUCGGGAAAUCACGAACUGCGAAUGAUUUUAGAUUCACUAAUGGUUUCAGUCAUUUGUCACCACCUAUUGACAAGUGCAACUGCAUUUAUUUUGCAUUGGUUUUAUCUGGUGUUGGAUUUCUCCUUCCAUAUAAUAGUUUCAUUAUUGCAGUUGACUAUUUUCGUGACCGGUAUCCUGACACUACAGUCGUAUUUGACAUGACAUUGGUGUACAUUGUGAUGGCAUUCUUUGCAGUGCUUGCCAAUAAUGUUUUGGUUGAAACAUUGUCUUUAAACACUAGAAUUACUUUCGGUUACCUUGUGUCUUUCUUUACACUCUUGUUUGUUGCUUUGUGUGAAAUUUGGUGGGAUGCUUUUGGAGCAUCUGCAUCAUAUACCAUUAAUCUCAUAGCAGUAGCAGUUGUGGCCCUGGGUUGCACUGUUCAACAGUCCAGUUUUUAUGGUUAUACAAGUAUGUUACCCAGCCGUUACACACAAGCAGUAAUGGCAGGUGAAAGUGCAGCAGGAUUCCUUGUUUCUGGCAAUCGUAUUCUUACAAAGUUGCUUCUUGAUGAUCAGCGAGUAAACACUAUUAUCUUCUUUGUCAUGUCAGUUGCUAUUGUGGCUUUGUGUUUUGCUCUCCAUCAAGUUGUACGUAGAACUGAUUUUGUUCAGUUCUACAUUACACUUUGUAGAGAAUCUCAUAAAAUUGUUUUGGAACCAACUGAAGAUGUUGGCUUGAUGGAUCCCUUGGACCAGGUAGAUAGUGCAAAUAAAAAUCAGUAUGGAGUUCUUAAGUUGCAACAGAGUCCAUUGGCCACAGACUCUGCAACUAGCAGUUCAGACAACACAGCUGGUGCUGGUCAAUAUUCAGCAUUCAGUUUUUCCAACCCAGUUUAUGAACCCUCUGCUACAGCUGCUCCCACAGCUACUGGGGCAGCAACUGGAGCAGGUGUCGGAGCAGCUGCAGGUGGCACGACGUACAAAGUGGAGGACGUUGUCAUUCGAAUGAGAAGUGUCUACACUUCAAGCAAUAGCAAGGCAUGGGGUGGCCUCAAACGUGGCCUUCUGGCUCGUUGGGAUGUAGCAAAAAUCAUUUGGCCAUACAUGCUUUCUAUUGGAUUGGCAUACUUUGUCACACUCUGCUUGUACCCAGGUAUUAUAUCAGAAAUAGUAAGUUGCAAGUUUGGAAGUUGGAUGCCAGUAAUUCUGAUGGCUGUAUUCAAUGCUGCUGACCUUGUUGGAAAGGUACUGGCUUCAGUGCCCUAUGAUUGGUCACGCACUCAACUCAUUGUGUUUGCUUGGAUGCGGGCAAUAUUAGUGCCCCUACUUCUUCUUUGUGCUACACCAAGAGGAAGCCCUUUAAUUCCUGGGGAAGGAUAUCCAUUGCUAUUCUCUUUACUUCUUGGAGUGACAAAUGGACUCGUAGGUAGCAUCCCUAUGAUUCAAGCACCUAGUAAAGUUCCUGAAGAGCACAGAGAACUCACAGGUAACAUCAUGACUUUAUCAUACAACGUGGGACUGACAGGAGGAUCAUUAGUGGCAUAUUUAAAUGAUUACUUAUUGGGGGUAGAUCAUGGAAAUUCCUGCACUCACAAAACAGAGUUUGUUACAAGUCUACCGUUUUCAUCUUCUGUCGCAUCAGUUACCGCUAGUUUGUCAAGCAUAGGGUCCGCUACUCCAACAGGCCCGGAAUUGCUCUCAACAGUUUUGAGUGCUGUGUCACCCAGCAAUGCAACAGUGGCAACAGUCACCAGUACAGUAUUGGCAGCUGUAGCUCAUAGCACAUUGGGAAUGACAAAUUUGGAUCCUACACAGUCUUCGGUCUCGGCAGCCACUAGUAUCGGUAGUUUAAUUUCAAAUAUGACAGCUCCAUAAUCAAUCCGUCUUAAUGGAAGUAAUGGUUUAACGUUAGUAGUAGUUUCAUUAUACAAAUUAUAAAGUUUUCAAUUCCAACUAUGGUUAUUUGGUUUUCAUUACUGAAGUUAAUAUUUUUCUGUUGAAUACAGCUUAGAUCUGGUUAAAGAAUGCCAUUUGUUCUUAAGAUGUUUAACUGAUAAAUCAUGUUUUACAUUCAGUUCAGACAUAGUUAUGACAGUGAAAUGAAUCAUUCCUAAUAUUUUCAUUUAAUUUUAAAGUUUCUGGUUAUGUAAACCAUUGUUUAAAAUAGAUCAGGUUGUUCAAAAGUGUGAGUGUUCGGAAUUCUAUUGUUUUAAUUGUGUCAAACAAUUAGUACAUUGUUCUGUCAUACAAUUAGUAUAUUGUUAAAACCUUGGUAGACUUUCUUAUGUAAUUCAAAAUGUAGAGUAAUUAAUGGAUAAAGAAUGGUUGAACUGUCACACUUUUGACAAAUUAAUGUAUUUGAUGAACAUUUUGUUUUCCCCUUAGAGAAGAAAACGUAGUUUUAGUGUACAUUUUCUUAUCUUUGCGCAAGGAGAGUAUUUGCUGUAAUGGUAUACUUAUACUACUUUGUAAGAAAUGAAAAGUUUAAGGUAACUACAUUGCAGUGCCAAACAUUUUGUUUGUUUGUGUAUCGCUUCUUUGUUACAAAGUGUAGUGACACAUGGUCAUCUAAAUUAUUUCAUUAAAUUUGGAAUAAAGGAAACAGCUAAAUUUCAAGGCAUAAUAAAAUUAAAAUAAACAAUUAAUGUUAUAAAGUACUCCAGCUAAUGACAACUUUCUGGAACAUUACGUAUUGGUAUUUUUAAAAUUCAGUAGCCUAUAUUGCCACUUCUCUGGAAUACUGUUGUAGAACAAAAACCUUUUUUAUUCAAGAGAGAGUGAUUUAAUUUUCCCACAACUUAAUUUGCUUGCCAUUAAUUGAUACAUAAUAUUGCGUUGCAAGUUAUAUAAAAAAAAAUUUAUAUCCCUUGGUUUUUUUAUUUAUGAAAUUGUAAUUUAUAAAAAUGAAUUUUUGGGCAACAUUGUUCCAAAAUAAUAAAUGGUAAUAAAAUAAUAAAAAAUAAUGGAUUCAAAAAUAAAUGAUGAAGAGAUCCAUCUGUUACCAAGCAGCAAUUUGCAUGAUGUCAGAGAUAAAGACUAAUUCUUGGCAAAAACAUGAGGGAUGGGGCUGAUUUACCCUAAAAACUCAAUUUUUUCCUUUUUUUGUUACAACGGUAUUCUGGAAAAGUGAUGAUUUAUUUUUUUCAUAUCUGUUUCAUUAAAUAGCUAAGUAUCCAUCAAUGUUGUGCAGUGUUCACCUUUUCUGUUAAAAGUCUAGAUAGAUUAUUGCUUGUUAUUUCUUUGCGUUCUCUCAAAACCAUUUUCAGGCUGCAAUUUUUUUUAAAUCUAUAUUUUGUGGGUCUUAAAGUAUAGUGUGACGUAGUGAAAGUGGCAUCAUUAACACGAGGGCCAGAAUAGGAUGAUAAUGUUUACAACACUCUCUUCUUAGUCCUAUGGCCUAAUAUUGCAAGUUUCUAUCACUGAGCACUGCUUGGCAUUGACAGUAAGAUUUAUUUUCAGUAAAUGUAUAUGUUUGUAGAGAGGACUUUAACAUUAUUUUAUUAAUUGUUCUGACAGGCUAGACAAUUUUACGUUUUCAUUCUUCAUUCAUUCAUUUAUUUAUUUUUUUUAAAAAAAAUAUAGUAAUUACUGGUUUUUAAAUAACAUGUGCAUUAAAAUACUGAAAUAUUUGAAAUCAAAAAUAAUGAACGUGUUCACUUCAUGUACAAGGGUGACUGCGCAAUUUGUUGUUCUGCAUACUUUGCGACCUGAUGAGGCUUAACUUUCACUUUCGAAAUGGUUAUAUAAAUGUUCUGUAAUCUGUAGUCCAUUACCUUACCUAUGAAACUAAGCAUUAAUUAUGUGAAGUACAGUCAUACUAAGCAAAUAACCUAAUGUAAAUGUACUAUUUUGUAGAUAUAUAUCUUCGGUACCAUUUGGACUAAUGACAUUUGGUUAGUGGGUAAAUACAGACCUUUUAUGGGUAUUGUAUGUUGUUCUGUUAGAAAUUUGUGAAAAAUUUUUAAAUGUUAUUUGCUGAUUGUUAGAGACCCUAGGAUAAUAACCAAAAAGGAAGUGCCAGAAAGAUAGUCAUAUGUUUUGAAAGGAUCCUCCAGUCACCAAGAAUGUUUUUUAAAAUAUUUAAUCAGAGAUCACACUUGCCUUUGAAAUUUGGCUAUAAGCUUUUCUUUACAUUUUUAUUUUUCAAUGUGUGACAGAAAAAGAGGUCAAUUUGUUAGUUUAUAGGAAGUAUAAUGCAAGUACUUUUAUUCAUGGUUCAGUUAUGUUUGUCAUUAUUGUUUUUAUAUGUGAUUAAUACAAAAGCCUUUAAUGCAUGAGAAACAUGUGGACAAUGGUGUCAUAUUGCUCACCUGUCGCAACAUCACUUGUCAUUAAAGAAUAUAUUUACUGUAUCGUAUGUGUAUUUGCUUACGCAAGGCAUUGAAAUGCCUUUGACUAUUUAAAUAUUCUCUUUCACAUGUAUAUGCAUGUUAGAAAACAGCAAAGCAGGACAGUUUGCUGUUUGCUUGUGAUUCAUUGCCCUUCAUGCUUGCAGUUCCUGCAAAUUGUAAGAAGUGAUUGCAAGGAUAUCUUUCUACCUUACGUCAGGAUGCAAUGGUGAGAGUACCAGAAUACAUUCCUCUUUUGUCCACAUGCUUUUUACCAACAAGAAAAAUCAAGUAAGCAUUUUAAUAAACAGUGCAUGAAGUUCUAUACAUUUGCAAUGUGAAAAAUAAUGUGAAUGUGUCUUUUUUUGGUGUUCAUGACAGCAUUUGUCAUGUUGAAAAAGCUUGUAAAUUUUAUUUCCGUAUAAAUAGAUAAAGUUUGAUGUCUGAAUGUUUUUUCGGUCCAGUAGGGGUAAAUGUAUAUUUUCACACAUAGGUUCACUACUUCAACAUCAGAAGUUUAAUUUCAGUGUCGUAGAGAACGAUUGAGAAAUAGUGUUACACUUUAUGUCGUUGCAAUGUAUCCAGGAGUAGUCCUUAAGUUCCUUUCAUGAAGUUGUUUGAUAUUUUCCAAUUAUUGAAAAAUUAUUAGUAAUCUGAUAUUUGUGUCACCAACCAACCAAUUUUAAAAAAAGUACAAGUGAAAAUUCUUUUCAUAAAUAGACUCACAUGUUGUGUUAUCUGUAUAUACCUUGUAUAUACUUAUAUUCUGUAUUAAAUAUUUGUAUGUAAAUAAAAGUUAUAAAUGUUAUUAAAUUUCAGAGAAGUGUGUUAUUUUAUGUUUGCCAUUUCUUAUAUAAGAAAGUUAUCAAUAAAUUAUUUUAGAAAUUUUAUU